UAAUAAUUCUAAAAGCACAGUAGUGUUCAGGAAAUUAAUACAGUAGGCUGGUAAACGGGAAGAUGUUUAUUUCCAAAAUCGUUACGGGUUAUAACAAAUUAUUGCUCGCUCAUCCUAAUUUUUAGUGUUACACUAUUCACAAUGAAUUCUUUGUUGUGUUCAUACUUUACGAAAUACCAAAAAUACAUUUUAUGAUAAUUAAAUAAUCGCUAGCAAAUAAUCUUUAACAAAAUAAAAGAUAAAAUAUGUGUAUUUUUCACUUUUUAAUACUAAAAUUAGUUUUAACUCUUUUCUCAAAUACUUUCGCGAACGAAUUGGAAAAUGAAGAUAAAAUGUACUUGCUGGUUUCUCCCGAUCAACACUCGCGAACGCCUCGCUUGGAAGACUUUUUCUGGACAGGAUCUGGAGAUGGACCACCCCCACCUGACUUAUCCGAGCCAGUGGCAACACCGAGUACACCAAUUGUGCAGACUACGACUGUUCUUGCUACGGUGUACUUGGAUUCAUACCCACCACAAGCGGUGACCGAUAAGUCAAGCGGGGAGUGUAUCCUGAACUGCGAUGUGACACCAGAUAGUCUGGAAACUGAAAUCCCAGAAGACAGACGUUACUGGCUUCUAACAGUCAUUCAAGGCUCCACUCCUGACAGCUUACAGUUACGACUUGCCAGGCUAUAUCAAAAAGCAUUUCUAAGGCAACAAGAACGACAUCUGGGUAUAAUUAAAUCUCUAGACGCACCGACGACGAGAAAGAAACACGAAGUUCAUUCAUUCAUCGUUAAUAAAGAUAACAAAUUCAAUGAUAUAAGUACCAAUACCACCAAAACACCACAAAAGAUGUAUGAUAUACAAAGUUCAAUGGUAAAACUGGAAGAUUUAGCCGUUAACUCAGCGUUAAAAAUGGGAAACGCGGGUAAAAUCGAUGAUUUAGAAGACGUAGAAAUGUUUCCCGCUGAUGACGACGCUCAAUUUAUUUCGACCAAAUCUGAAAUCAAACCGACAAAAUUAGCUGAUACUGAAUCUUGGAUACUAGUUACACCAACGAUUAUACGAAAAAGAAGUGUAGAUGACGUCUUAGAAAGCGAUAAAAAAGAUUUGAUCGAUUUACCGCUUGAAGAGGAACCUAACAAUGGUACAGUGCUAUAUAAAAGAGAAAUCAUUAAACCUGAACAACAACCUCCCGUUCAAGUUCAUAUACAGAAUAUAACCGAGUCGUCGUCGGGCAGCGUGCAGAUCGUGUACGUGGUGCUGGUGGGGGGGCGCGCCGUGCCGGCGGCCGUGGCGGCGCGCGACAUGCGGCUCGUGCGCGACGCCGAGGUGGCGCGCGAGCUGGGCGCCGUCGUCACCACCAAGGCCGAGCCAGCGUACCUGAAGGCUGCCGAGGGUCUGGAGGGCGAGGUGGGUACGGGGGUGCGGGGAGCGGAGCUGUGGGCACUGGCGGUGGGCUCGGUCGCCGCCCUGCUGCUGGUGCUGGCUCUGCUGCUGCUGCUGUGUGUGGCGCGCAGAAAGAAAUCUAUGAAAUCAGCAGCGUCUCUACGAGCGUAUAGGACGGAGAUGAUAAGAGAAGCAGAACGUAAUCAAAUGAAGCAAAUCAACGACGAUAAAGAUACUAAGUUGGUAAGUGUGGUGUCUCCGAGCAGAACGAGACCCAGCAGCGUCCUGUUGCCUAUUUAUAGAGCCGGCAGUGCUUCGGGAAGUUCGUCAACUUCGUCAUCUGGCGUAUCGGAAGUGGCAGCUGCCUUGAGGAGACGCCAGAAGAAACCCCACGCUUUAAGGAUGCCACAGAAGAAAAGAGUUGGUACAACGGACAGUUUGCUGGAAGCAGCCGGGGUCGACAGCUCAGACAGCGGUCAGCGAUCAGCUCCGCCGACACCGACCUCGUAUCUCUCUAUGCCUUCAGUCAGCGCUUUCCCCAGGGGAAAUAUAGUAGAACCUCUCUCCAAAAUCCUGGAACCGGUUUCCGUGAGACAUCUGGAUAUAGAUUCCCCACCGUCCAGCCCCAAGCAGACCAAACUGGGCCAGGCCAAUGUAGUGCCAAGAAGACAAAUGCCAUCACAAUUGGUACGCCUUGGCAGUAUAGAUAAGGACCCUGGAGUUAUCGGACCUCUGGUGUGGGACUUGCACUGCCAGAGAAUUAAAGAUGUAUCCAAGCCCUCCAGCCCAGCUAGAUCUACAGCCUCAGCUUGUAAAGAACCAUCAUCAUCCAGGAUGAGAAGGCGGUUCAACGAGCUGAUGGAUGACGCCUUCACACUCUUCGGGAGUGCAUCCAGUGCCAAUUCCCACGAGACGUUCACAAUCGAUAAACAAGACAGUCAAGAACAAAAUGUGCUGCAGGCGCGCAACCGCGACGUGCGCGUGCCCCACUCGGCCGGCCCCGGGUACCCAGGAGAUAUUAUAGUGGAAACUUGUGUGCGCUCGCUGCGUGACUUUGACUUUUCCAUCACUCUCAUAGUUCAAUGGGAUAGAAAUCCAAAACUACCGCGGCGCGCGCGCGGGAGCGCGGGGGCCGCGGGGGUCGCGGGGGUCGCGGGGGUCGCGGGCGGCGCGGGCGGCGCCCCGCGGCCGCGCACCGCCGCCUGGCACGCGCACGCACACUCUACGCAAAGACUGCCUGGACCGGUUGUGAACACAACUCUGAUCGCCGCUGAAGGGCGCCUCGCUCCGGACGAUCCCGCCCUACCCCUUAUCUCGGCCAUCAAAAGCGAAAUACAACGUAUUAGAGAUAACGCAAAACCAACUUAGAAGUAUUCAUACACUCAUUACACUGAGCUCAAUGACAUUUUAUCUCUAAGCACUCAAGAAAACAGAGUCGGUACACGCCCACUGACGACAUAGUUGUGUUCAUCUUAAUAUAUACUUGUAUAGUAGAUAGAUAACUACUGUGUUAUGCACUAGAUUUAGUCCAUAAUUAAUAUAUAUUCUAAAUAUAUUUAAAAACAGCGACCUUUAAAGCAUCGUUCAAGAAUGUUCACUAAGUGUCUCAUGUUAAUUGGAAGUCAAAGUUGU